AUGUCUCGAGUAGCCCCUUCAGUAAACCGUGUCGUCAUCAUCGGCAGCGGACUUGCAGGGCAGUCCGCAGCGAUCGAGGCCGCCCGCGAGGGCGCUAAGGAAGUUGUCCUCAUUGAAAAGGAAGCGCGCCUGGGGGGCAACAGUGCCAAGGCCACGUCUGGCAUCAACGGCUGGGGUACAGCAGUGCAGAAGGCCGCCGGCGUGGACGACAGCGGUGAACUCUUUGAAAAGGACACGUUCGUUUCUGGCAAGGGUGGCAUCUGUCAGGCAGAGUUGGUGCGGACGCUCUCCGACCACAGCGCAGAAUCCAUCGAGUGGCUCUCCUCGUUUGGCAUCCCGCUGACCGUCAUCACGCAACUCGGCGGCGCGAGUCGCAAGCGCUGCCACCGUGCCCCAGACAAGCCGGACGGGACACCGCUCCCGAUCGGUUUCACCAUUGUCCGUGCGCUGGAGAACUACAUUCGCACAAACUUGUCCGGCACCGUGCUCAUCGAAACCAGUGCGCGUCUCAUCUCACUGACACACAGAAAGGAGGGCGACGUGGAGGUGGUGCGAGGCAUCACGUAUGCCACGCAAACUGGAGGUGGCGAGGAGCAGACUCGCGAACUGCAUGCUGACGCUGUCAUUCUCGCCACCGGCGGCUUCUCGAACGACCACACGCCCAACUCGCUCCUGCAGCAGUACGCGCCGCAACUGUCGUCCUUCCCCACCACCAACGGUGUAUGGGCCACAGGUGAUGGUGUGAAGGCGGCACGUGAGCUGGGUGUGGCCCUGGUAGACAUGGACAAGGUGCAGCUGCACCCGACCGGUCUGCUAGACCCGAAGGAUCCGAACGCCAAGACACUCUUCCUCGGCCCCGAGGCGCUGCGUGGCUCCGGCGGCGUGCUGCUGAACAAGAACGGUGAGCGCUUCGUGAACGAGCUGGACCUGCGCUCCGUCGUGUCGCAGGCGAUUAUCGCGCAGGACAACGUCUACCCCGGAACAGAGAGUCGCCGUUACGCGUACUGCGUGCUGAACGACGCGGCUGCUGACGCAUUUGGUCGCAGCUCGUUGAACUUCUACUGGAAAAAGAUGGGGCUGUUUUCUGAGGCUACAGACGUCGCCGCUCUUGCGGCUCUCAUUGGAUGUCCGGAAGAAACCUUGACGCACACGCUUUCCGAGUACGAGAAGAUCUCCGGCGGCCAAAACCCCUGCCCGCUAACUGGCAAGAGCGUGUUCCCUUGUGUGCUGGGUACCCAAGGGCCCUACUACGUCGCCCUCGUCACACCGUCGAUCCACUACACCAUGGGUGGCUGCCUCAUCUCGCCUGCAGCAGAGAUCCUGAAUGAGCAGAUGCACCCGAUUCUUGGUCUCUUUGGCGCUGGCGAGGUGACGGGCGGCGUGCACGGUGGCAACCGUCUCGGCGGCAACUCGCUGCUGGAGUGUGUCGUGUUCGGUCGCAUUGCCGGGCGUCACGCUGCACGCCACCUCGGCCCAGCGGUGCCUUAG